AUGUCGGAUAUAUCAAGCAAGUCGUUGAGGCAAACUGAAGAAUUUGCAUUGGGCGCUUACAAAGCGCUUGGACCGCUGCCAAAUUACAUUGGCGAUGAGAUAAUAGUUAUGAGGCAUGCUGAAACAAUUGCCGAGGUUUUUCCGGAUUGGGUGGCCCAGUCGAUGUUAGGAGAGAAUUGCUACGAUCCUUUCGAUGUGAACGUUCCAAUCGAGUUGGCACGCCGUCCACAAAUGCAAAAAUCGAACGACGCCGAUCCGCCGCUAUCGGAAAUCGCGCGAGUGUGCAGCAAAAUGAUGGCUCGCGAGUUGUGCGAUCGCAAAAUCUGCCCCAGUGUGAUAUUCUGCUCGCCGGACAUCGCCUCCAUCGAGACGGCGUGUCUCAUCAAAAAAUUCAUCGGCGAAAAAUGCGGCCCGAUUCGCAUCGAGCCCGAAUUGUCGACAAUGCACGCCGUCUCGCAUUUGUUCUUCAGCAAAGAAUCGCUAGCGAAACUCGGCUACGACAUCGACAAAGACGCCGAGCCGCUGAAGACGAUCAGCACGAAGGUGACGCUGCCGGAUUUGCGUGCGCGCAUUAAACGCGCCUUCUAUGAGCUCACUAAUGUCGCAAUUAAUCCGCUUUUCAUCGUUGACUCACUCGCCGCCAAAAUAAUCGCCAGCCAUUUCUAUCUAAUCCAAUUCGAUGAGAAGCUUGACGUCGAGGUCGAGCGUGCGGCAAGCUUCAAAACCAUGCCGCCACUUGCCAAUAUCACGCUUUAUCGAAUGGGCACCGAAGGAAUUAAAAUGUACGACAUUUCGUCGUUAUCGCUUCGACCCUUGACCUACACCGGCUUUUCCAAUAAUAUUGAUGUUGAUUGA